AUGUCUCGUCUGAGUACUUUCGAGUACAAUGACCUGCUGAAGAAGCUAUCUGUUAAGGCUGGCUUAAUUGGUUGUUUCCGCGGCCUAGUCGUCAACGGUGAAAUACUCGACAUUUACAGCUAUAUGUCCGUACAUCUUUCGGAGAUAAUUAAGGAUUGCAAACCAUCUUGUGUGCCAUCACCGUGUAAAAAUGGCGCGCAAUGUAAGGAAUUGUGGAGCACAUUCCAGUGUGUGUGCAGCAAUCCUUGGGCGCAUAUUGGCGAGUUUUGCGAGACAAAUAUCAACGAGAAGGCACUCACUUUCAUUACACGUGAAUCAUUUUUGAUGCGCAAUUACUUAAGUACACCGGCUGCGACGCCACCCUUCCUACCCGCCGCCUACUCCAUCUAUGGCAUCAAUGAGGAGCGUGAUAUUAUCAAAGGCAUUCUAACCGAGAAUAUCCUUAUCAAUUUGCGCACCUACGAUACGAAUGCUCUCGUUCUCUAUGCAAAUGAUCAUUACAACAAUUUCGUGCAUUUAUAUGUGAGCGCUGGACGUGAAAUAGUUUUCCUCUAUAAUUAUGGUGAUGAAAUUGUUAAUUUGACUAUCGUUGAUGAAACGGUGAGCAGUUUGAAUAGCAUUCAAGUGGCCAUUGAACGAGAGGAGCAUCGCACAACCAUGCAUGUGAACGAACAGAGCGUAAGUGUGGAGCGAGGCAUGAUGCUAUUGGAUGAGUAUAGCAAUAAGCCAUGGAUAAAUCCAGAGAAAGAGGUCCUAUCACCACACCGGCCACCCGCUCCACCCACUGAAUACUUCCAAUUCAACAUUGGUGGCUAUGAUCCGGCGAAUUUGUUGCGGCCCAAUCUAGACUCUCCAGCACUGCAGGGAUAUAUUGGCUGCGUGCGUGGCCUGAAAAUUGGCACAAAUUUAAUCGACUUGGCUGACAUCAACGAACGGAAUAUUUCGCCUACUAUGGACGGUGUCCUACCAAAUUGCCAAAUCAAAUGUGAUGCUGAGCCCUGCAAAAAUGGUGGCAUAUGCAAGGAGAAUUUCGCCAAACAGGAGUCGACAUGCGAUUGUGAACACACCAGCUUUUUGGGUGAAUUCUGCAUGGAAGAGAAGGGUGCCGAUUUUAGUGGCGAAUCGACAUUGUUGCGUAAAUUCGAACUUACCGGCAAAGUGGACUUUGUGCUAUUGCAAUUGGCAUUCUCCUCUUUCGAUUUGCGACGUGCCAAUCGUGUGAUGUUGUUAUUGCAACCGACUGGUGAUCGCAGUUAUUACCUGAUGGUAGCCAUUAACGCCGAUGGUCAUCUGUUAUUCGAAGAGGACCGCGAAGGACCGGCGGUGGGUGCACAAAUCGAACGAAGCUUUCUGAAUAAUGCACGCCAUUCCAUCUACUAUAUACGCAAUGGCAGUGAUGCCACACUGCAUAUUGACCGCGAAAAGGUGCCAUUGACAAAGAUACAGACACGUGCACCGGUGCCAACGAGUGGUGCGGGCGGAAAUCGGGUACAAAUUGGUGGCAUCAAUACGACAGAUGCGAGAUUUGCUGUGUUCAAGAGCUACAGUGGAUGUUUGUCGAAUAUCUACAUACAAGUGAACAAUUACGUCAUGAAGCCGCUUGAGGAAUAUAUGCUCUUCACUAAAUCAGGUGCCGAUAAUAUUACGGUAAUUCAUCCGCAGGGUCUACGCAGCGCACAAUGUAUUGCUAAAUUUGAUAUAUCAGAGCAACCAUCACAAGAACCAAUGGUCAACGUGAGUUUGAGCGCCGAAGCCUGGGUGGAAGAUCCACCGCAACGUGUACUCUACGUAGCUCAAUUUGGCUAUGACGUUUCCGAGAAGGAAGAUUCCACACAAGUGGUAUUCAUAACGUUGACUUCACUCUUUGUGAUCAUAGUAAUUUGCUGCCUCAUAGAAGUGUACCGCAGUCAUCGAGCUUAUAAGAAACGCAUCGAGCGACAAACUGACGAGGACAUCAUUUGGUCAAAGGAGCAAGCGACGAAAAUGCAUGAGUCGCCAGGGGUAACCGGCACACAAUCGUACGGCUACAAAAAGUUGCCACAAGAUGAAAAGAAGCCAGGCAAUGGAGCGCCACUUGUGGGUAUUUUGAAAAAUGGCAGCGCAGCUACAACAGCAGCUGCGGCUGCUGCUGCAACAACACCGCCGGCCAAGGAGAAUGGAAGUACGAAGAAAAAUGGCGAUAUACCACUGGGUCAUAUUGAUGCACGCAUCGAUGAAGAGGAAGAAGACGAUGAUGAUGAUGACAAUGAAGGCGACGAUUUGGUCAGUGCGGCGAACAAAAAAGCGGAAGUGGACAAGAGCUUAGACGAAGCUUUGGAAGCAGAACAGCGUGAAGAGCAGGUGGAGCAGAAAGAGAUUAGUGCGAAUGCACUACAGAAAGGCGCUCAGGCGGCAAAUGAGGAUAAGACAAGGCAGGCAAGUGGAAAAGAAAUUAGCGCAGAUGCAACUGAAAAAUCGAAUGAAAAACCAAGCGAAGGUGGUGGUGGUGCCACCAACGAAGAAACGAAAACGAAGGAGGGAAGUAAAGAAAUUGCGGAGAAGGACAAGUCGAAUGCAACAGCAGCAACACCGACAACAAAACAAUGCAGUGGUGCAGACGUUCAAGCAGCAAGCAAAAGCACAGCGUCGACGCCUUCAACGUCAGCGCCGCCACAUAAUCCGGAGAAGGAGACUCAAACGCCAGCACAAAUAGGCGGCGAUACGGUGGAUGGCCACCAGCAGCAAGGACAGCAGUCAUCGCCUGCGACUACAAAUGGCACAACAGCGAAUGGCCAUGGCACGACAGCAAACGAGAAUACCAGUAUGUCUCCAGCAGACAGCGACAGCAUACCAAGUAUCGCCAGUCUUGACAUGCCAACGAAAGAGACAUUGCUCUGCGAACGCGCACAAUCAACGCCACCCUACACCCCAAAGAGCCCGAAGCCAAAAAGACGACUACUGCCGUCCGUGAAUUUCAAAUUGCCAAAAGUUUCAAAAAAUCACAAAGCGGACAACCCAAUUGGUGGUCAACAAACAACAAUCGAAAUUGAUAGUCCUGCUGGUAACGACAAUGAGUUUAGUCCUAUGCUAACACCAACAACGCCAGUGACACCCAAUGGCGCUGCUGGAACAAGUACUCGGCCGCAAGUCGACUGCGAAGUGCCUUCCGUGCCCAUUGAAAUCGAUAAUGUGCCAGUGAUACCCUUCCGUACAAAAUCUAAUCCGCGCCUACAAGUACAGCCCGCCUAUAUUGAUGAUGCUCAUCGACAAUUUUGGAAUCCAAUCAGUUAUUUGGGUGGACCGCAUCUACAGCCGCGUGAUAGAAAUAGCCUCACAUCUGUAUUAUCGCUCGAUUAAGCAUUGAGCAUUGUUUUGGGGAAAAUGUACUCUACAAUAAUUUUCAAAACUAUCAUGAAUGGUGCCAGUGCUGUCAACCCUAGUCCUAGAUACACAUUUAUGUAUUAUUUGUUAUAAUAAAAAUUACUCGAAAGUAAAAUGGCGGUUUUAACUAGGCAAAUACUUAAUUAAUGUUACUCAACAUUCCGUGACCAAAGAUAUACUUUUUUUCUAGAGUAUUAAACUUGUUAUUAAUAUUUAUGUACAUACAUAUGUAGUUAUGAAUGAAUAUUUGAUUUACGUAGUGUUUAAAAUCUUAUUUAUUAGUGUAACAAGGAAAAGA